AUGUCGACACAUGAAGUCUACGCAGACGUUCCUGGCUGGACCAACACACGGAUAGGAGAUCAGUCGCCCUCGUCACAAUUACACAAUUACCAUUCUUCUGCCAUGAUGAUGCAGUUCUGUGGUUCCCCAAUAUCCGAGACGAUAAAGCCAGAACCGCUCAUCUCAGAAAAGGGAGUGCAUGAGACCAUGGGCCAGUGUGAUAUUCGAGGUUUGGCCUAUUUGAAGGCAGCUGAAGCAGGACACAGCUCACGGAAUCCUAGUGAUAGUUGCUACAUGGGCUCCCACAAGGGCAGCCAGGGGGACCUCUCCUGCAGUGACCUGACAGAUGCUGUACAAUCAAGCUCAGCAAGUUCUUGCCCAGGAAGCCCUCAAACUCCCGUUGACGGAGAGCAACAUAGCGAUAGCGGGCAUAUCGAUAGCAAGCAGGACAUGUACAGCCCUGCUAUCGCGGAUGAGAUUCAUGACGUGGACGACGAUACCAAAAUGGCUGGUGAAGAGAAGAUAGACAGGAAGAAGAUGAAGCGAUUUAGGCUUACUCAUAACCAGACGCGGUAUCUUAUGAGUGAAUUUACCCGUCAAGCUCAUCCGGAUGCUGCCCAUCGAGAGAGACUUUCCAGGGAAAUUCCUGGAUUAAGUCCUCGACAAGUGCAAGUAUGGUUUCAAAACAGGAGGGCAAAGCUCAAGAGAUUGUCUCUUGAUGAUAGGGAGAGGGUAUUGAAGUCUCGCGCACUGCCAGAUGAUUUUGACAUGGCACAGUCGCUACAGCCAUCUUAUGCAGCUGAGCACCAUGGCUAUACAACGCCGUUAGUUUCCCCCGGGACUUUCUUCCCCCCAGAAGAGAAUGACCCAUAUAGCACAGCACGUGUGGGCACGCCAUCGGGAGAUGACUACUCAACAUCCCCCUUGAGCACUGCUUCUGUUUACGGCAGCUAUUUUGGUCGGGGUAACUCUACAUUUGGACAUGGACGUGGCCCUGACUCGAUAUCCAGUAUGUCUACCUCUAGCGACAGUCUCGGUAGCUUUGCCCAUAUGCCUUCUGCAAAUGCAUCCGUUCACAGGCAGUCGAACUUCAUGCCUGGCAGCUUCAGCGAGCAUGGAAGCAUGCGCCCAUCUAUUUCCCAGCUUCACCUAUACAAUGCUUCAGUCAGAGCCAGGGCAGGGUCACUGAACUUACCACUCCGCGGCACAAUGCCCUGCCCAACGCCACCGCUAGAGUUUACGGACGCAGACUCCUCCGUCGACCUUAACAGUACAUACGGUGGCCGAUCCCUGGACGCAUCGAUGCCGAAUGACGCCGUCGCAAGAGCCAGGAGGGAUCCCUAUGGUUUGGAUUCUGCAACAGAGCAGUUUAAGCAGAAGACUGUAGGACAGCCUGUGACCACCGGGCCAAGGCUAUCUGAAGGAUCGCCGCCGAAAACAGGCCACAGUCGUACAGCCGCAGCAGCCUUGCAAUCCGCGCCCCUUCAGUCCACACAGGAAGAGGAUCAGCUUUCGGGGCUCGGUCCGCAGUUCAACCUAAGCUCAUUCGGAAUUACCUAUCCCCGACAAUCCCCAUCGUCAAACACGAGCGAUCCUACAUCCCACCCGGGAUCGUUGGCAGCAACCAAGCGAUCUGACAUGCAGGGCGCCUAUAAUCAUCAUGGCACCGCCUGGCUGCAUCAGACCAUCCAACAGAAGCUGAGCUGUUACCCAACGCCGGAAUACUCGGCCCCGAGACAGCGAGCCUUCUUCUAUCAAUCCAACACAGAGACGAUAUGA